AUGGCGACCCCACAAACUAACAUCCGAACCAAGGAUGGGGAGGGGGGGGGAGGAGGAGAAGGGAGGGAGGAGAGGGCGCUAAGCUUGGAGCUGAAGAAGCUUGCCUUGCCCGUCAUUGAGCGCUUCUCUCGCGCCAUAGAGUAUGGAGUGACAGUGACGGAAUCCCAUGGCUGCGCCGUCAUGCAGCGCCGGCAGGGAGGAGGGGCGUAUGUGUUGAGCUUGGGUUCGCUGCCGACGCGUCUGCUGGCGAGGGGAGUGGACGUGCUGUCGAGGCCCUUGCGACUUAUGCUGGAGGAGGCGGAGGAAGAUGACUUGCUGCUCUCCUCUCGUCUCAGUCUCUGCCUCCUCACCGCCAUGAGCGUCUUGUCUCUCGCCCCUCCCUUGGCCGAGCUCCUUCUCAGGGAGACCAACGUCGUCUGGACCCUACUCGCUCUGCGGCAGCUCAGGUCUCAUCCUCUUCCUCCCGUCCAGCGGCUUGAGACGGCCGUUGCUGCUGCGCUGGACUCGCUCAUGGCGGUUGGAUGUCGAAUGCAAGCGACGGAGGAGGAGGAGGAGGAGGAGGAGGAGCGCGAGUGGCUGCAAAGCGUGCAUGUGCUGUUUGCUUCGGCGUUGGAGCAUGCGGAGUGUGUGGUGGUGCUGGAGUACGAGGGGAUGAGAAGAAUGCUGGCAUGCCACAUAACCUCCUGGUACUGCCGAUGCAUUCUCUUCCUCCUCCCGCUCGCCCCCCGUACGGACGAGCUUUCCGUGCUGGUGCUGGGGCUCGGAGGAGGCUUCAUGCCUGGCUGGAUCCUGACCCAUCUGCCGUCGGUCCGUGUGCACGUGGUUGAACGGGAGCCGCUUCUUCUCCUCCUCUCGCGAGCUCUCUUCGGCCUGUCCGAGGAUGAGCGCCUGUCUGUCUCUACGGGUGACGCCUGGGAAGUGCUGGAAAGAUGGACAGAAGAAGCACAAACACAAACACAAGCAGGCAUUCGCUCGGUGGUCUCCUGCUUUUCAACCUUCCACACCACCGCCCUGGUACAGAGGCUCAACUCAGGACUGUCUUGA